AUGUACGAAGGGAUUGACAACCUGAAAUCCCUUUACGACCGUGCCGGGAAGACUUUCUCCGGCGGUCCUUCUGCGGCACAGGAUGUGCCGCGUCGUACUGCUCGACCAGACCCAGUACGUCAACCAUCAGUUGGGAGCGGGGCUCCCAAGAAUCCCAGGACGGGGGAUAGCCGCGCCACCGGACGAGGUAACUCGUCCGACGUCCGUUCACGUCGCGGUGGUUCAACAGCUGCUCAACUAGAUAGCGCUGGCCACCGCGAGAGUCCUCUAAUGGAGGUGGAGGAGGAGGAAAGACGCUCUCCACACGAUCAUGUGGAUCGGUGUGUUCCCGAGAGCUUCUUUGAUCGCGUAACGCAAGGGUUACGCGACGAUCUCGAGCAUGAGCGGAAUAGGCGUCUCCAGAUGGUGGACACUGCCUCGAAGCAUCGAGCUGAGUUUGCCUUUGCUCAGCUUGAGAACGAGAGAGCUCUGACAUCUCUUCGUGACGAGCUAAGGGUAGCUCGUGGGAUUGUUGAUCGGUCUCGGGAUCAGAUAGCUGCUCUUCAGACCCUUGUUGAUGCCCACCAUCAGGGAGCACAAGGCUCUCUGCGAGAUGCUUGA